AUGGAGGUGGAUCCCGUCUAUAACUUGAAGGAUCGUUUUGGAGCAAAGCGUUUGCGCAUGUUCAUUGAUAAGAAACUCCCUGAGGACAAGCGGGAUGUUAUUGCAAAGAGGAGUGCAUUUAAGAGCAUGCUUAGUGUUGCUCCAUUCACUGUGCCAAAUCGCCUUCUUGAUUUUAUUGUGACACAUACGAGUUAUCAGCUGCGUGAGUUCUGUUAUCAUGGGAAGAGAAUUGUGUUCACUACAGACAUGGUCAGGAAGGUGUUUAAUGUACCAUCAGGUAACAGGGCUGUUGACUUGAUUAACAGGAGUGUUCCAUGCCAGUUGCGUGAUGUUUAUAAGCAGAAUAACCCAAGGCCGCCCAUAAAAAAUGCUGAGAAGGUGUUACUGGAAUGUGACAUUAAAGAUGAGGAAACCAUAGUUAGGAGCUGGGAUCUUCUUGUGCUCGCAACAGUUCUUAACCCAGGCACUGGUAAUAUGUUGUCUAUGGACUAUCUUGGAUGUCUUGCCGACCCUUUCUCCUCAGUGGAGCUAGCUUGGGAUCAGCACAUAUUGGAUGAAUGUAUGUUGCAUGUUAAGAAAAUCCAGGAGAAGAAGGCAAAGCUACGGGCAUCAGGUGUCGUGGGUGGUGAUUUCUGGAUAAGUGGUCCUUUGCCAUUCCUUGGGAUUGUUUAUAUGGAUCACUUGCAAUUUCCUCCAAAUGAGUAUGUCAUUGACUACUCACUGCCUAGAAUGUGUCAUGUAAAGAGCAAGGACUUCGAGUUUGUAGUUGCUACUGAUAUUGACAAGAAAAAGCUAUUCAACAGUACUAUCUUUGCAAGGAGACCUUUUCUUCCGUUCUCAAGUACUCCAUAUGCUCAAAGCUUUAACCCAUCGGCAUCACUGAAUGAAUGGCUUGUUCCUGGUUUUCCAAACAGCCAGGAAUUGGAGAUUCCAGCUCGUUACAAGCACCUGUAUGAUAAGCAUAAGGCUAUUUAUGCUGCUGAUGUCGAAGCAACUAUGAAGAACCUUGGUGUUGCGCUGAAACGCAUGUAUUCUCAGCGUAUGUCCGCUCUAUUGGUUGACGUUGAUGCUCUUAUCCAAGAAGGCGAUGGUCCAAGUAUUGUGUUUCCAUCAGAAGCAAAUGGUGAGCAAAGCACAAAUCCCAAUGUAUCUACAGAAGAACAGGAUGCUGCAAAGGAUGGACAAAAUACAAUGGAUGAAGGAGAUCACAACAGCGGAGAUCACAACAGCGGUGAUGAAACUGAAGAAUAUGUUGACUUACAGACUGAUGCAAUGGAAGAUUAUCCGGAUGUUGACUCGCAGCGGCAUACCAGAUGGUACACUGGUGAGUUCAACUCUGUUGAUAGUCCGGUGAGAUCUCCGUUUCGUUCUAGUAUACCAGAGGGUGUAUCUGCAGAAUCCUGGAACCGUGCUCCGGAUCCUCCUUCAAUGGAUUUGUUUCCUCAAGUUCCCGUGCUCGAGUUGGAGAAGCCACUUGUCGUCGAAAAAACAUCUUGUUCAGCUGAUGUGGCUGCUGUGGUUAAUCCACCUCCUGCAGCUGUUCUGAAGAAACCAUCUGGUGCGGCUGUUCUGGAUAAUCCAACUGUUGCGACUGUUCUGGAGGCACCACCUAGCUGA